AUGACCCCAGCUGGAAGCUCGGAGAUGCAGGAGGGCACGAAGAGUAAGAAGACACGGACCCUUCUCCCCAGCCUGCCCCACCCCAAGCAGGAGGUGCCCUACAGACAUCUGUGGAGCAGUAGUCUCCUUGAAGGGGACCCGCUGGGAUCGGGCAGUUAUUGCUGCGGGUGCCAUCUCUGGGGUCAAAGCUGCUCCUUGCUGCACCAGCCACAGCCGCCCCCGCCGCCGCCCCCGCCGCCCCCCGGCCCGGCCGUGGCCGAGGAGCCGCUUCACCGACCAAAGAAAGAACUCUCAGCCACCAAGAAAGACCGUGUGAAUCACUGUCUGACGAUAUGUGAGAACAUAGUGGCACAGUCACUCAGAAAUUCUCCAGAAUUUCAGAAACUUCUGGGCAUCGCUAUGGAACUCUUCCUGCUGUGCAGUGAUGAUGCGGAGUCGGAUGUCAGGAUGGUGGCUGACGAGUGCCUCAACAGAGUCAUAAAAGCGCUGAUGGACUCGAAUCUUCCGCGGUUACAGCUUGAACUCUAUAAGGAAAUCAAAAAGAAUGGCGCUCCCCGGAGCCUGCGUGCUGCCCUGUGGAGGUUUGCGGAGCUGGCUCACCUGGUUCGGCCUCAGAAAUGCAGGCCUUACUUGGUAAACCUUUUGCCUUGCCUGACUCGAAUAAGCAAGAGACCCGAGGAAUCUGUUCAGGAGACCUUGGCUGCAGCUGUACCUAAAAUCAUGGCUUCUUUUGGCAAUUUUGCAAAUGACAAUGAAAUUAAGGUUCUAUUGAAGGCUUUCAUAGCGAAUCUGAAGUCAAGCUCGCCUACCAUUCGGCGUACUGCAGCUGGCUCAGCAGUGACCAUCUGCCAGCACUCCAGAAGGACGCAGUACUUCUAUAGCUGGCUACUGAACGUACUCCUGGGCUUGCUGGUUCCUGUUGAGGACGAACACUCUACCCUCCUGAUUCUCGGAGUGCUGCUCACGUUGAGGUAUUUGGUGCCCUUGCUGCAGCAGCAGGUCAAGGACACGAGCCUGAAAGGCAGCUUUGGGGUGACACGGAAAGAAAUGGAAGUCUGUCCCUCAACUGAGCAGCUCAUCCAGGUUUACGAACUGACCUUGCAUUACACUCAGCACCAAGACCACAACGCCGUGACUGGGGCGCUGGAGCUCCUGCAACAGCUCUUCAGGACGCCCCCUCCCGAGCUCCUGCAGGCCUUGACCGCGCCGGGCGGCGGGCAGCGGAGCGGCGUGCAGUAUGGGCCCGGCGGCCGGAGCCGCAGCGGCAGCAUCGCGGAGCUCCUAGCCGGAGGGGGUUCUUCAUGCAGCCCUGUCCUUUCAAGAAAACAAAAAGGGAAAGUGCUCUUCGGAGACGCAGCAGCCUUGGAGGAUGACUCCGAGUCCAGGUCGGAGGGCAGCAGCCCCGCCUUCGCAGCCUCAGUCAAGGGUGAGAUUGGUGGUGAGCUGGCGGCCUCUUCUGGAGUCUCCACUCCUGGCUCCGCCGGUUCAACUGCCGACUCCGUGGGGCACGACAUCAUCACCGAGCAGCCCCGCUCACAGCACACGCUGCAGCCGGACUCGGUGGAUCUGACCGGCUGUGACUUGGCGAGCGCUGCCACCGACGGGGAUGAGGAGGACAUCCUGAGCCACAGCUCUAGCCAGAUCAGUGCCGUCCCGUCUGACCCAGCCAUGGACCUGAACGAUGGCACCCAGGCCUCCUCCCCAGUCAGUGACAGUUCCCAGACCACCACCGAAGGGCCCGAUUCGGCUGUGACCCCUUCAGACAGUUCUGAAAUCGUGUUAGAUGGGGCCGACAGCCAGUAUUCGGGGUUGCAGAUUGGACAGCCACAGGACGAGGAUGAGGAGGCCGCGGGCGUUCUUCCGGAGGAAGACGUAGAUGCUUUCCGAAACUCCGCAGCUGCCCUUCAGCAAGCACAUUUAUUGAAAAGCAUGGGCCACAGCCGGAGGCCCUCCGACAGCAGUGUGGAUACGUUUGUUUCAAGAGACGAAGCUGCCGAAGCAGGAGAUCAAGAAAACAAGCCUUGCCGGAUCAAAGGUGACAUAGGACAGUCUACCGAUGACGAUUCUGUUCCUCUUGUCCAUUGUGUCCGCCUUCUGUCGGCUUCGUUUUUGCUGACUGGGGAGAAGAAUGUGUUGGUUCCGGACAGGGACGUGAGGGUCAGCGUGAAGGCACUGGCACUGAGCUGUGUGGGAGCCGCUGUGGCCCUUCAUCCUGAGUCUUUCUUCAGCAAACUUUACAAAGUACCUCUUGACUCCGUGGAGUACCCUGAGGAGCCAUAUGUGUCAGACAUCCUGAACUACAUCGAUCAUGGAGACCCCCAGGUCAGAGGAGCCACGGCCGUUCUCUGUGGGACCCUCAUCUCCUCCACCCUGAGCAGGUCCCGCUUCCAAGUGGGAGACUGGAUGGGCACCGUUAGAGCUCUGACAGGAAAUACAUUUUCUCUGGAGGACUGCAUUCCUUUGCUGCGGAAAACUUUGAAGGAUGAAUCUUCUGUCACUUGCAAGUUGGCCUGCACAGCUGUGAGGCACUGUGUCAUGAGUCUGUGCAGCAGUAGCUCCAGUGAACUGGGACUGCAGCUGAUCACCGAUGUACUGAGCCUGAGGGACAGCUCCUACUGGCUGGUGAGGACAGAGCUUUUGGAGACGCUCGCAGAGAUUGACUUUAGGUUGGUGAGCUUUUUGGAGGCAAAAGCAGAAAAUCUACACAGAGGGGCCCAUCAUUACACAGGGCUUUUAAAACUGCAGGACCGAGUGCUCCAUGACGUCGUCAUCUACUUGCUUGGGGACGAAGACCCCAGGGUGCGACACGUUGCCGCAGCUGCACUGAUGAGGCUUGUCCCGAAGCUGUUUUAUAAAUGUGACCAAGGACAGGCCGACCCAGUGGUGGCUGUGGCGAGAGACCAAAGCAGCGUUUACCUGAAACUUCUCAUGCACGAGACUCAGCCCCCAUCUCACUUCUCCGUCAGCACCAUAACCAGAAUAUACAGAGGCUAUAACCUACUGCCAAGCAUGACAGAUGUCACUGUGGAAAAUAACCUCUCGAGAGUCAUUGCGGCAGUUUCCCACGAGCUGGUCACGUCGACCACGCGAGCACUUACGUUCGGAUGCUGCGAGGCUUUGUGUCUUCUUUCCACUGCCUUUCCAGUCUGCGUUUGGAGUUUAGGCUGGCACUGUGGGGCACCCCCGCUGAGCGUGUCCGGUGAGUCCAGGAAGAGCUGUACUGUUGGCAUGGCCACGGUCAUCCUCACCUUGCUCUCGUCAGCUUGGUUCCCGCUGGACCUCGCAGCGCACCAGGAUGCACUGGUGCUGGCCGGAAACCUGCUCGCAGCCAGUGCCCCCAGAUCUCUGAGAAGUUCGUGGACCUCUGAGGAAGAGGCCAACCCAGCAGCCGCCAAGCAGGAAGAGGUCUGGCCGGCUCUGGGUGACCGGACCCUGGUGCCCAUGGUGGAGCAGCUCUUCUCCCACCUGCUGAAGGUGAUUAAUAUCUGUGCACACGUGCUGGACGAUGUGGCUCCUGGACCGGCAAUAAAGGCAGCCUUGCCGUCCCUAACAAACCCUCCUUCUCUAAGUCCGAUCCGCCGGAAGGGAAAGGAGAAAGAGCCGGGAGAGCAGGCCUCUGCGCCCUUGAGCCCCAAGAAAGGCAGCGAAGCCAGUCCAGCCUCUCGACAAUCCGACACCUCAGGGCCUGUUACAGCAAAUAAGUCCUCAUCACUGGGGAGUUUCUACCACCUUCCUUCAUACCUCAAAUUGCACGAUGUCCUGAAAGCUACUCACGCUAACUAUAAGGUUACCUUGGACCUUCAGAACAGUGCUGAAAAGUUUGGGGGCUUUCUGCGUUCUGCCUUGGAUGUGCUCUCUCAGAUCCUAGAAUUGGCAACACUGCAGGACAUCGGGAAGUGUGUCGAGGAGAUCCUAGGCUACCUGAAAUCCUGUUUCAGUCGAGAACCGAUGAUGGCAACUGUUUGUGUUCAGCAGUUGCUGAAGACUCUCUUUGGGACAAACUUGGCCUCCCAGUUUGAUGGCUUGUCUUCCAACCCCAGCAAGUCCCAGGGCCGAGCGCAGCGUCUGGGCUCCUCCAGCGUGAGGCCGGGCUUGUACCACUACUGCUUCAUGGCUCCCUACACCCACUUCACCCAGGCCUUAGCCGACGCCAGCCUGAGGAACAUGGUGCAGGCAGAGCAGGACCACGACGCCUCAGGGUGGUUUGACGUGCUUCAGAAAGUGUCUACCCAGUUGAAGACGAACCUCACCAGCACCACUAAGAACCGCGCAGAUAAGAAUGCUAUUCACAAUCACAUUCGUUUGUUCGAGCCUCUGGUUAUAAAAGCUUUAAAGCAGUACACAACCACAACGUCUGUGCAGCUACAGAGGCAGGUCUUAGAUUUGCUGGCACAGCUGGUUCAGUUACGGGUCAAUUACUGUCUUCUGGAUUCAGAUCAGGUGUUUAUUGGAUUUGUGCUGAAGCAGUUCGAAUACAUUGAAGUAGGCCAGUUCAGGGAAUCAGAGGCAAUUAUUCCAAACAUCUUUUUCUUCCUGGUAUUACUGUCUUACGAGCGCUAUCAUUCAAAACAGAUCAUUGGAAUCCCUAAAAUCAUUCAGCUCUGUGACGGCAUCAUGGCCAGCGGGAGGAAGGCUGUGACACAUGCCAUACCGGCUCUACAGCCGAUAGUCCAUGACCUGUUCGUACUGAGAGGAGCCAAUAAAGCUGAUGCAGGAAAAGAGCUUGAAACCCAGAAAGAAGUGGUGGUGUCCAUGCUGCUGAGACUCAUCCAGUACCAUCAGGUGCUGGAGAUGUUCAUCCUGGUCCUGCAGCAAUGCCACAAGGAGAGCGAGGACAAGUGGAAGCGGCUGUCCCGGCAGAUCGCCGACGUCAUCCUCCCGAUGUUGGCCAAGCAGCAGAUGCACAUUGAUUCUCACGAGGCCCUUGGCGUGUUAAAUACUUUAUUUGAGAUUCUGGCCCCUUCCUCCCUCCGUCCCGUGGACAUGCUUUUACGGAGUAUGUUCGUCACUCCGGACACAAUGGCACCUGUGAGCACUGUUCAGCUGUGGAUAUCAGGAAUCCUAGCCAUUUUGAGGGUUCUCAUUUCCCAGUCAACUGAAGACAUUGUUCUUUCUCGUAUUCAGGAGCUCUCUUUCUCUCCAUAUUUAAUCUCCUGUCCGAUAAUUAAUAGGCUAAGAGAGGGGGACAGUACUUCGACACCAGAAGAACACAGUGAAGGGAGACAAAUGAAGAGCUUGCCGGAAGAAACAUUUUCAAGAUUUCUACUACAGCUAGUUGGCAUUCUUUUGGAGGAUAUUGUUACAAAGCAGCUCAAAGUGGAAAUGAGUGAACAGCAACACACUUUCUACUGCCAAGAACUGGGCACUCUGCUGAUGUGUCUCAUCCACAUCUUCAAGUCUGGAAUGUUCCGUAGGAUCACAGCAGCCGCCUCCAGACUCCUCACGGUGGACAGCAGCGACAGCAGCUUCUACGGCCUGGACAGGCUGAACGCGCAGGUGCGCGCCAUGGUGCCCACGCAUCCGGCGCUCGUGCUGCUCUGGUGCCAGAUCCUGCUGCUCGUCAGCCACACCGACCACCGCUGGUGGGCAGAGGUGCAGCAGACCCCCAGGAGACGUAGUCUGUCCAGUACGAAGUCACUCGGCCCCCAGAUGUCCGGAGAGGAGGGGGACUCCGACGCGGCCAGUAAACCCGGAAUGUGCAACAGAGAAAUAGUGCGGCGGGGAGCUCUCAUUCUCUUCUGCGAUUAUGUCUGUCAGAACCUACACGAUUCAGAGCACUUAACGUGGCUCAUCGUGAAUCAUAUUCAGGACCUGAUCAGUCUGUCCCAUGAGCCUCCCGUGCAGGAUUUCAUUAGUGCUGUUCACCGGAACUCCGCCGCCAGUGGCCUCUUCAUCCAGGCAAUUCAGUCUCGUUGUGAGAACCUUUCAGCCCCCACCACCCUGAAGAAGACGCUUCAGUGCUUGGAAGGGAUCCACCUCAGCCAGUCAGGCGCCGUGUUAACACUGUAUGUGGACAAGCUUUUGUGCACCCCGUUCCGAGUGCUGGCUCGCAUGGUCGACACCCUUGCCUGUCGCCGCGUGGAAAUGCUUUUGGCCGCAAAUUUGCAGAGCAGCAUGGCCCAGUUGCCGGUGGAGGAACUAACCAGAAUCCAGGAAUACCUUCAGAGCAGCGGGCUGGCUCAGAGACACCAGAGGCUGUACUCCCUGCUGGACAGGCUUCGUCUUGCUACCGCACCGGGCUCCCGUGGCCCUUCUCCUCCAGUCACGUCCCACCCGCUGGACGGGGAUGGGCCCCUGGCACUGGAGACAGUCAUUCCAGACAAAGACUGGUACCUACGUCUAGUCAAAUCCCAGUGCUGGACUAGGUCAGAUUCUGCGCUGCUGGAAGGGGCAGAACUGGUGAAUCGGAUUCCUCCCAGUGACAUGAGCACGUUCAUGAUGAACUCGGAAUUCAACUUAAGCCUGUUGGCGCCGUGCCUGGGCCUUGGCAUGCGCGAAGUCUCCGGAGGCCAGAGGAGUCCACUUUUCGAAGCAGCUCGCCUGGCGACUCUGGACCGUGUGACCGGCCUGGUGCAGCAGCUCCCUGCCGCCCACCACGUUUUCCAGCCGUUCCUGCCCGCAGAGCCCACCGCCUACUGGAACAAGUUGAAUGAUCUAUUUGGGGAUGCUGUGUUGUAUCGCUCCUUGACCACUCUGGCCCGGGCUCUGGCCCAGUACCUGCUGGUAUUCUCCAAACUGCCCGGCCACUUGCACCUUCCUCCUGAGAAGGAGAGGGACACGGUGAAGUUUGUGGUCAUGACCCUCGAGGCCCUGUCGUGGCAUUUGAUCCAUGAGCAGAUCCCGCUGAGUCUGGACCUUCAGGCGGGCCUGGACUGCUGUUGCCUGGCCCUGCAGCUGCCCAGCGUCUGGAGUGCACUCUCCUCCCCAGAGAUGGUGACCCACGCCUGUUCUCUCAUCCACUGUGUCCGCUUCAUCCUGGAAGCCAUUGUGGUGCAGCCUGGGGACCAGCUUCUUAGUCCAGACCGAAGGAUGAACACCCCAAAGGCUGCCAGAGAGGACGAAGUAGAUUCAAACACACAAAACCCGGCCUAUAUUACCGCAGCCUGUGGGAUGGUGGCAGAAAUGGUGGAGGCUUUGCCGUCGGUGUUGGCCUUGGGCCAUAAAAGGAAUAGCAGCACCCCAGCGUUUCUCACAUCGGUGCUCAGGAACAUCAUCAUCAGCCUGGCUCGCUUACCCCUCGUCAACAGCUACACGCGCGUCCCCCCCCUGGUUUGGAAACUUGGAUGGUCACCCAAACCGGGAGGGGAUUUUGGUACAGCGUUUCCUGAGAUCCCAGUGGAGUUCCUCCAGGAGAAGGAGGUCUUUAAAGAGUUCAUCUAUCGCAUCAACACUCUAGGGUGGACCAGCCGCACCCAGUUUGAGGAAACGUGGGCCACCCUCCUCGGUGUCCUGGUGACUCAGCCCCUCGUGAUGGAGCAGGAGGAGAGCCCGCCGGAAGAAGACACGGAGAGGACCCAGAUCAACGUCCUGGCCGUGCAGGCCAUCACCUCACUGGUGCUGAGUGCGAUGACUGUGCCCGUGGCCGGCAACCCGGCCGUGAGCUGCCUGGAGCAGCAGCCCCGGAACAAGCCCCUGAAAGCUCUCGACACCAGGUUUGGGAGGAAGCUGAGCAUUAUCAGAGGAAUUGUGGAGCAAGAAAUCCAAGCAAUGGUUUCGAAGAGAGAGAACGUCGCCACCCAUCACUUGUACCAAGCGUGGGACCCCGUCCCUUCUCUCUCUCCAGCCACUACAGGUGCCCUCAUUGGCCACGACAAGCUUCUGCUGCAGAUCAACCCUGAGCGGGAGCUGGGGAACAUGAGCUACAAGCUCGGCCAGGUGUCCAUUCACUCCGUGUGGCUGGGGAACAGCAUCACGCCCCUGAGAGAGGAAGAGUGGGAGGAGGAGGAGGAGGAGGAGGCCGACGUCCCCACGUCUGCAUCACCACCCACAUCGCCGGUCAACUCCAGGAAGCACCGGGCUGGAGUCGACAUCCAUUCCUGUUCCCAGUUUUUGCUUGAAUUGUAUAGUCGCUGGAUCCUGCCGUCAGGGUCAGCCAGAAGGACCCCCAUCAUCCUGAUCAGCGAAGUGGUCCGAUCUCUCCUAGUGGUCUCAGACUUGUUCACUGAGCGCACCCAGUUUGAGAUGAUGUAUCUGACGCUGACCGAGCUGAGGAGGGCGCACCCUGCAGAAGACGAGAUUCUCAUUCAGUACCUGGUCCCUGCCACCUGCAAGGCGGCUGCCGUCCUCGGAAUGGACAAGGCCGUGGCCGAGCCCGUCAGCCGGCUGCUGGAGAGCACACUGAGGAGCAACCACCUGCCCAGCAGGGUCGGGGCCCUGCAUGGCGCCCUCUACGUGCUGGAGUGUGACCUCCUGGAUGAGACAGCGAAGCAGCUUGUCCCUGUCAUCAGCGACUACCUCCUGUCCAACCUCAAAGGGGCAGCCCACUGCGUGAAUGUUCAUAGCCAACAGCACGUGCUGGUGAUGUGUGCCACCGCCUUCUACCUGAUUGAGAACUAUCCCCUGGACGUAGGCCCAGAAUUCUCUGCGUCGGUAAUUCAGAUGUGUGGGGUGAUGCUGUCCGGGAGUGAGGAGUCCACUCCGUCCAUCAUUUACCACUGCGUCCUGCGGGGCCUGGAGCGUCUUCUGCUCUCCGAACAGCUGUGCCGGCUGGAUGCUGAGUCCCUGGUCAAGCUGAGUGUGGACAGAGUGAACGUGCACAGCCCGCACCGGGCCAUGGCUGCCCUGGGCCUGAUGCUCACCUGCAUGUACACAGGGAAGGAGAAAAUCAGCCCAGGCAGAACCUCAGACCCCAGCCCCGCCGCCCCAGACAGCGAGUCCGUGAUCGUGGCUAUGGAGCGUGUGUCCGUUCUUUUCGACAGGGUCAGGAAAGGAUUCCCCUGUGAAGCCAGAGUGGUGGCACGGAUCCUUCCUCAGUUUUUAGAUGACUUCUUCCCACCCCAGGAUGUCAUGAACAAAGUCAUUGGGGAAUUUCUGUCCAACCAGCAGCCAUACCCACAGUUCAUGGCCACCGUUGUGUACAAGGUUUUCCAGACCCUGCACAGCAGUGGGCAGUCGUCCAUGGUCCGGGACUGGGUCAUGCUGUCCCUCUCCAACUUCACCCAGAGGAGCCCGGUGGCCAUGGCUGUGUGGAGCCUCUCCUGCUUCUUCGUCAGUGCUUCCACUAGCCCCUGGGUCUCCGCCGUCCUUCCCCACGUCAUCAGCAGGAUGGGCAAGCUGGAGCGAGUGGACGUUAACCUCUUCUGCCUGGUGGCCACAGACUUUUACAGACACCAGAUAGAGGAGGAGCUGGACCGCCGGGCCUUCCAGUCCGUGUUCGAGGUGGUCGCGGCUCCGGGAAACCCAUACCAUCGACUGUUGACUUGUUUGCGGAACGUCCACAAAGUCGCCUCGUGCUGAGUGCCCACGUGGGGCAGCAGCAGAGCCCGGGGGCCUGCCCGCGCCGGCGUGGCUCCACACACGGGCCCCCCUCGAGCGGCCCCGUGGCCGGGCAGGCGGUGUCCGUCUCUGCCCUGUGGCGGAAGGGCCCCCUGGCGGCAGGGCUGCGUGCCGGGAACACGUGCGGCAGCGUGGGGCCGCGCCCGAGUCCUCGCGGGGAGCGGGAGCAGCUGUGCGUCACUAACCCUCUGUGCUGCACUCGUGUCACAUGCCAGCCGCCCAGGUGUCCCCUCCUCCCGCUGCCCGGCCUGCUCGCGGUUGCUCUUGCGUCUGGGACGAAUGUCCUCGGUCCUGCAGGUUGGCUGUCGGCCUCUCUGCUGUCCCAUAGGCAGAAGGUGGCGCCAUCAGGCUUUCGAGAGCGCUCUCCGCGGCUCAGCCGGGGUCGGGCCUCACCGAGCACUGGUGUGUGCGCGGGGGGCGGGGGCUGGGAGCGCGACCCCCGGCGCCGUGCUUCCCUUUCUCUGUCUUCUUCUCAGGAUUGAAAAUGCAAUUAUAUCAGUAAAGAGAUUAAUUUUACGGUA